AUGGAAAUGGUUCACGGGUUGUCUUGGGGCAUUGGACGGUACCCAUAUCAAUGUGCUAGUCAGCAAGAUAAACCUCGGAUGGGAGGGGCAGCCGGAGACUCGCGAGUUCUAAGGGAUGCAGUAUCCCGAAAUAAUGGUUUCAAGGUCCCCCAAGGGUGUUACUACUUAUGUGAUAAUGCGUAUGCCAACUGUAACGGAUUUUUAACCCCCUACAGGGGGGUUCGGUAUCAUCUAAAAGAGUGGGGAGUCGGUACAGAAAAGCCACAAGACCCUAAGGAAAUGUUUAAUAUGAGGCACACCAAAGCUAGGAACAUUAUUGAGAGGGCAUUUGCAGUACUUAAGAUGCGGUGGGGCAUACUUCGUAGCGCAUCUUUUUAUCCAAUUCAGACACAAAUUCGCCUAAUUAUGAGCUGUUUUUUACUUCACAACUUCAUUCGCCAAGAGAUGGAUGUAGACCCUGUUGAAGUUGAGCUUGACUACGACGAGCCUGCUAUUUUACCUGAAGAAGACAGCAUAGGCGUCGACUACGUUGACAGCGUUGAGCCAUCUGCUCAAUGGACGCAGCUUCGGGAUGCACAUGUGCUAAACAUGUGGAAUAAUAGUUGA